AUUUUCCACAUAUUGAUUUCAAAUUGACACUUCACACUACCUAAUGAAUUCUGAAUUUGAUACUCAACCAAAUAGAUACCCCGUCUACAUCUCACAAUAACCGAUUACGAUAACUUCAGUACGACAAAAUGUACUCGCCCUCCUUCUAACCAUACCGCUAACCAUAAUGCCAUUAUACCUCUAACUAUACCGCCAUUGUACCUCUAACCAUACCAUUAUACCUCUAAAUAUACCGCCAUUAUACCUCUAACCAUACCAUUAUACCUCUAACCAUACCAUUAUACCUCUAAAUAUACCGCCAUUAUACCUCUAACCAUACCAUUAUACCUCUAACUAUACCGCCAUUGUACCUCUAACCAUACCAUUAUACCUCUAACUAUACUGCCAUUGCACCUCUAACCAUACCAUUAUACCUCUAACUAUACUGCCAUAGCACCUCUAACCAUACCAUUAUACCUCUAACUAUACUGCCAUUGUACCUCUAACCAUACCAUUAUACCUCUAACUAUACCGCCAUUAUACCUCUAAACAUACCAUUAUACCUCUAAAUAUACCGCCAUUAUACCUCUAACUAAACCACCAUUAUACCUCUAACUAUACCUCUAACCAUACCAUUAUACCUCUAAAUAUACCGCCAUUAUCCACUAUAUGUAAUCCAUUCUUUGGGAUGAUGAAAUAUGAAUACACAAUCAUGCGCAAUUACACAUUUCCCGCUGAACACAACUUCACCAAGUUAGCAAAUGAACACUUUAGCACAGGGGUGGGCAAACUGCGGCCCACCAAGCGUUUGAAUCCGGCCCACCAGUUGCUUUCUAAGUAUUUCAACUUUUAACAUAGAAACUGGCAACAUGACUUGCAAGUAAAAAAAAAAAAACAACCAAGCUGUAAAAUGAAAUGACAUAGUUUGAUGUGGUCUGAUGUUUAAAGUGUUCCUGGAAAAAUAGGACAUACAGCUGAUAGUAUAACACUUUUACAGAUCAAAUUAGCCAUAUAAUUCAAGGAAAAUUAUAAGCAUAAAAAGUGUGUAUGUGUGUUAAAUUUAUGUUCUGGUCCCCCCGGACAAUUUUGUUAACUGAAUGCGGCCCACGAGUCCAAAUAUUUACCCACCCCUGCUUUAGCAUCAACAGCAGCCUGAGCAACAUCAUGGAUGCUCAGGAAGCAAGACAAAGCACUUGGUCAAGGUUGUGUAAAGGUCACGCUUCCGAUCAUGUGGCAAGAUGUAACGUCAGGACGAUUAAGCAUCCGAAAUGUCUUUCCACGAAGUCGCUGACCAGGCGGUGAUCUUUCUGUCCUAGUGGAUUCUAUUGCAAUCUCUGAUUUUCAAUCGUGGUUGUCAUGUGACUUACACACCAAGAAAGAAUAGAACUUGAAAAUGAACAACACCCCUGCGGGAAAUCUCUAAUCUUCUCAAGAAAGACAGUCAAAGAAACCAAAGAAAAGUUUUAUAGGUGAAACAAAGGAGUUGGGCUGCAAGUGGUUAGCGCGCAGGCCUCACAGCUAGGAGACCCGAGUUCAAUUCCACCCUUGGCCAUCUCUGUGUGGAGUUUGCAUGUUCUCCCGUGCGUGGGUUUUCUCCGGGUACUCCGGUUUCCCAUAGGUAUGAAUGUGAGUGUGAAUGGUUGUUUGUCUAUAUGUGCCCUGUGAUUGGCUGGCUCGCCCAAAGAUUUGUUGUUUGUCUAUAUGUGCCCUGUGAAUGGCCACCAGUCCAGGGUGUACCCCGCCUGUCGCCUGAAGUCGGCUGGGAUAGGCUCCAGCACCCCCUGCCACCCUCCUGAGGAUAAGCGGUAGAAAAUGAAUGAAUGAACAAAGGAGUUGUAAAACACAACAAACAGAGUCGGGAACAGUACCUUUGGAUUGGGAGACUUUCUAAGUAAGGUGACCAGAGGGGGAGUUCUGACUCUGGGGGGGGGCACAGUCCUCACCCUCCCUGGGAGAGUCUAUUCCAGGGUGCUGGAGAGAACGGUACCACUGUUGGUCGAACCUCUGCUACAUGAGUUUUAAUGGGUUCGGAAUGAAGUCCUUACCCAGAUGGAGGAGUCGGAACAUUGAAAGAGUCGUUCAACAAAACAUCUUGGAGUCAUGCGGGCCAAUCGGUCAUGCAGUGUGUUUCCUGCCGGGACUUAGAUGCUCUUUGUGUUCUUCAUGCAGAUGUGAAACAAUUGAUGAGAUGAUUAGUUAUGGAGACGCUAAAUAAUGCCAAAGGUCAAAGGUCGGCUGUGUGGCCAUCCACAUAGGGAGAAGACGACAAUAAUUGUUUGUUCACUAGCAGAAAAUCGGCGUUCCCUGAUCAUCUGCAGUGCUUGAUCCACCAAGAAAUCCUUUCUUUCUGCACGCACACACACGCACACACACACACACACACACACACAUCACAAGGCCCUUCCUCCUGCACAACAGUCUUUUCCACUUUUCCACUCAAGAAGAAUCUGCCCACCAGUCCGAUCGCCAUGAGGUUUGAGGAAGUACUCGAUGAUGUCGGCGGCUUCUCCUGGUACCAGGUCCUGGUUCUGAGCAUCCUCUGCCUCCCGAGAGCCAUCCUCCCUCUCCACUUCCUGCUCCACAACUUUGUAUCGGCAACACCCGCUCACCACUGCGCGGGUGAAGAGGCCGAGUCAGAACCGAUUCCCCGACUGAACGACGACACCUCGAGCUCAUGCAGCAUCUACGAGGACCCGGCAGCGUCCAAUCUGACGUGGACCAACCGGACCAUCCCUUGUCCUCACGGAUGGGUGUACGACCAAUCAGAGUUCACCUCCACCACCGCCACUGAGUGGGACCUGGUUUGCGAGGACCGAAGACUCAAUCAGGCGUUGGCGACGUAUUUCUUCCUCGGGGUCACGGUUGGCGCCAUCCUGUUUGGGCAUCUUUCCGACAAGUUCGGACGUAAGUCGAUGCUGGUGUUGGCCUUGUUAGGCAGCGCCAUGCUGGGCGUGGCCUCGGCUUUCUCCACCUCUUACGUCAUGUUUGCUGUAUCGCGGGCGCUCUGCGGCGUCGCCCUCAGCGGCCUGUCCAUCAUCGGCACAGUUCUGGGAAUCGAGUGGACGGACGUGAAGCACCGCACCUUCACGGGCACGGUGAUCAGUCUGUCAUGGAGCGUUGGCAACAUGCUGCUCGCCGUUCUCGCCUACGCCAUCAGAGACUGGCGGCACCUGAUGCUGGCGGUGACCGCGCCGUGUGUGGUGUCCGCGAUCAGCUGCUGGUGGCUGCCUGAGUCGGCUCGUUGGUUGCUCGCCAACAGUAGAACCGACGAAGCCCGCAAGUACCUGCUCCGCUGUGCCAGGAUCAACAAGAAAAACCACGUUAAUUUGGAAGCAGAAACUCUGGAAAAAGUGACGGUAUCCGAGGUGGCGGAGAAGACUCACUCUUACCUGGACCUUCUCAGAACACCUCAGCUCAGGAGGAUCACACUCAUCUCUGGACUCUUCUGGUUCGCCGUAGCCUUCCUCUACUACGGCAUCAGCUUUAACAUCUCAGGAUUCGGCGUCAACAUCUACCUCACGCAGUUCAUCUACGGCGCCAUCGAAUCUCCUGCCAAAAUCCUCACCUACUUCGCCCUGGACCGCAUCGGGCGCCGCAACGGACAGGCGUGGUUUCUAAUAACAACCGGAGCGCUGAUUGCCAUCAAUACCGCCAUCCCGCUGGAGUUCUCUGUGGUUCGCACCUGUGUCUCCGUGGUAGCCAAAGGUUUCUCCGAGGCGGCGUUCACCACCGCUUUCCUCUACUCGGCUGAGCUUUACCCCACCGUACUUCGGCAGUGCGGGCUCGGGUACACUUCCUGUUUGGGUCGCAUUGGCAGCUCCUUGGCGCCGAUGAUCAUGCUGCUUGAGGACGCUUGGCUUUUCCUACCGCCGUUCAUCUUCUCCGGAAUGGGAAUACUCAGCGGAAUGUUCGUUUUCCUGCUGCCAGAGACGCUGAACGUGUGCCUGCCGGAGAAUAUUCUGGACAUCGAGGAGGGAAGGCACAGGACAUCAAACGGUAACAGCCAUUAUAGCGCUGAAAUGGCCGCCAUCACUACCACGGGAAGCUAGCAUCAGCCUGCUAGCAUACCUGAGCAUGUCGAGUGGAUUGAUGGAUGGAUCCACUUUAACUGUUUUGUG